AGGGCCAAAAGCCAGUCGAGUGUGCGAGGUGUGCGAUCAAAAGUAUAAACAUCCAGAGAUCAAUUCAGUGAAAUAAAGUUUUUCAUUGUGGCCGACACAAUACACAACCGCUUCAUUUCAAUCAUCUACUGUUGUUGGAUUACAACUCCACUAAAUCAACAUCAUGGUCGUUGUCCUGCAAAGAGAAUUAUCGCUGGACGAUACAUCAUGGAAUUAUCAACACGUUCCAAUUCCCAUCUGUAAACCCCCGAAAGGAUAUAAAUCAUCGGACCAGCAGAAGAUUCCGAUCAAAUUUGUAACGAUCACCGAAGAGAAUGGAAUUACGCUGGACGUGAUCAGUCAAACUACGAAUCGAGUGCUGUCGAAGAACAAUCCCGAAUCUUUUGUGGGCAUUUCGUUCGAAAAGUUUCAGUUUAAAGAGCCGUAUCGCAAUAAAACAGCCGGCUACAUAGAAAAGUUGCUGAACACUGGCCUCAAAAUCAACGGCGUUGCGUACUAUUUCUACGGACACAGCAACAGUCAGUUGAAAAAGAAAGUUUGUUAUUUGGUAGCGGCACGAAGUGGUGAUGAAACGUUCAAGAAAAUCAACGAACUUGGUGAUUUCGCUAAAAUUGCAUCGGUAGCGAAACGAGCGAAACGAAUUGGACUACUGUUUUCCGCAGCCAAUAGUUCCAUUCAACUGGACGAGAAAAAAUGCCUGGAUAUUGACGACGUGGAGGACAAAGGUCAUGUAUUCACGGAUGGUUGUGGCUUGCUGAGUAAAACAUAUGCCAAGCGAUUGUCGCAACUAUCGAACAUUGUCUUCCAUAACGACGCGUACGUACCGAGUGUGUAUCAGAUUCGUUACAAAGGAUAUAAAGGAACUCUGAUGGUAGCGCCAGGUUUGGUAACCGAACACGACAUUCACUUUCGUGCAUCAAUGAAGAAAUUUACAUCCUGUCCGGACAACACGUUUUCGGUACUGGACUAUUCCAAACCGUACACUUUCGGUUCUUUAAAUGGCGAACUGGUAACGCUAUUAUCAACGCUAGGCAUCAGCGAUGAUGUCUUCCUACGAAAGCAACAGGACUACUUCAUGUUUCUGCAAAAUGCUCUGCUCGAUCCGCAUUCAGCAUUCAUUUUUCUGUCAUACAAAGGAGAACACGAGAUGGCGGAGAAAGUUUUGAAUGGAAUCGCACCGCUGCAAGAAUCGAUUCGCCGGCUGCAAAAAGAAGAAUGGAAAGGAAGCUACGAUAAAAAAGACAAAGAACGAGUUCGAAUAAUGAUCCGGAAGUCUCGGCUGCUGUAUGGUGUCGCUGACUACACAGAUACACUGAACGAAGGUGAGGUACUCGUUCGAAUUACUACAGAAGGGAAAGGAGUGUUGUCCCUAGAUGGGGCUGAAGUAAUUGUCGGACGCAAUCCAUGUCUGCACCCAGGUGAUAUACGAAAGUUCAAAGCGGUUCGGUGUGAAAGACUCGAACAUUUAGAAGACUGCAUUGUAUUUCCAACAAAAGGUACCAGAGAUGCAGCCUCACUCAUGAGCGGCGGAGAUCUUGACGGUGAUCGGUUUUUCGUGUCUUGGGAUCCAGAUAUCAUACCGGAGAAACUGUAUGAUCCGUAUGCCUAUCCACCAGCCAAAGAAAUUCAUCGCAGGGAAGUGAAACAGGAAGACAUGAUACGAUACUUUGCCAACUACAAUAACGCUUCGCUGGGCAAAGUCAAAAAUUUAUACUUGGGUUGGGCCAGAUGUUCGUCUGAUGUUGCCGGAAGUAAAGAAUGUCAAGAGUUGAAUGCAUUGUUUUCCAGCUGUGUUGACGGUGAACGAAUUACCAUUCCCGAACGGUUGCAGAAUCCUCCUGAAUUGCCGGAUGGUCGAACGUUUAUUUUAGACACGUUGUGCGAUAACGUGAAAUUGUACGCGAACAGUGAAUUUAACAUGGAUGCAGACGGCAUAGACGAAACCCCCAAAGAAUUAUUGGAAAAUUUACUGGUUUCCAGUGAGGUUUGUUUGAGCGAAUUCGAACUAUUCCAACUGGCGAAUCGAUGGUGUCGCAAGAAUUUAUCGUCGCUCGAAGAUUAUUUGCACUGCUUCGAUUUCGGAGCAUUUACACAUCAACAAAAGCAUUUGGCCAUGCAACAGUUCGAGAGCAGCGUCCACAAAGAUAAGAUUUCGCGACUGGUUUUUAACGGGCUGACCAGUUCCGAUCUACUUAGCCGUUAUGACUUACGCUACGCGAAUCUGGACGACAAAAGAAUUCAUUGGCAGAAAUUGUACAGUUCGUUCGACGAUGAUGGGAUUCGUUUGGAAAUGAACAUAUCCAAGGCGUUGGAAUUGUUCGAGAGAAAAUUCAUCGUUUUCAGAGUGGACGAAUUCUUGCGAGUUGGUAUUUACCUGCCGCGGAGAUUGGUCAAAAACGAGGAGCUAUUCAUUGGCGAAGCACGAGAUUCUGCUAAAUUGUUCGCAUUCGCUGAAACCGGAACCAUUUACAGAACGUGGACGAACCAACAUUACAAACUAUACUUCGAUGGGGACAUGAUCCAACUGUUCGACAAACAUCGUCGCAACACAUUUGUAUGGCUGGGUUUACAGAACGGUGGCGGUAAAUUCCCAUCGAAGAAUGUUGAUACGGAAUUUAAGGUCAGCAUUGCGUUGCAAAAGUUCAGCGGCCACUUGCAAAAAUCUCGAUCCAAGGUGACCAAGCAGGAGUCGAAAGGAAUGGAACUGUAUGUUCUGAGUAAUCGUGACAGAGUCGGCCAUCAAAUUCUGGACAUAACGAUGAGCCAGAAAAAUACAAGGGAAAUUGUGAGACUAUUGAACGACAUACCCAAAGAGUAUUCGUUGGACAUCCAACUCAAGGAAGAUGUUUCAUGGAUCAACAGAGAGUUUUGUUCGGAAAUUGUUCUACGCGACGAUUUUUCACAAUUGGUACAAUUGACAAGCAUGUGCCGGUUGGAGCAGAUUUUCCACAUUUACCAUUCAAUUUCGCAUGAGAAGUUCACGCGGGCAGUCAACUUUGUUCUGAAGAAUUUCGAUUCUUUCCGAUUCAAACAGGACAUUUGGCAGUCAAUAUUCAAUUGGAUGAACAAAAUUCCCAUAAUUUCAUGUUUGGUCAUCGAAGCGUUAAACGACUAUGAACAACACAUCAAUUAUCCCAUGGGGAAGGCCAUGUGCAUCAACUUGGUUCAUGCAGUCAUCCAAACGGCCAAUUAUGGAAAGGAGCUGGUUUCGGUGUUGCUUCGAAAUCUUCUUCAAGUCUUGGUUCAUCAGAAUAUCAAGUUUGAUAUGAACGAUCUGACGAGAAUGGUCAAAACGAUUGUGUUUUGUGUGCGGCACGUAAAUGUCGCCGACGAUCUACUGAAUCAAUUGUUCGACGAAGAAAUUAAAAUCUUCGAGCUGUCGGAUGUGGAUGGCGACCAUGAUGUCUGCUUCAAAUAUUUCAAAGACGUCACGUUGGCCUUGGCAAAAGAUUUGAUUGGAGAAAUCAGUGAUAAAUGUCCGUGCGAUAGUUACGGCAUUCCUCAAGGAGCUGAAGAUGAUGACACUAAUGGGAGUACCGGCAAAAAUCGAAGAAAAACAAUUCUUUCCGACUAUUUCCCUUCGAAGCUGCGUCAACAGACCACCAAAUUCUACGGUACCAAGCCGGAACCGGUGAUGAAAUGUGUACAAAUACUGCCAUCGGACGAGGAAGGUUUCCAGAAAGUAAACUUGCGCACAGACGUGUCAACGAAAAUUCGGAACGGCGACCAUCUUCGGUUCUGUGCUUCACGACGUUCCAUUGACUCUCCGAAUGAACGCGUCAGCGUGUUCGAUGCAAUAGCCGAUUCAGUGCAAAACGGUGUUCUGAAUUUUAAACUGAAGCAACCGGCUCCACGAGAGAUGUAUGUCGCCACUUGGAACAUGUACUGUUGCGCCAAUACAAUUACGUUCAAUGCAAUGUUAUCAGCAACGAAAAUUCUGGUCACUUUAAAAGCGGAAAGUACGGCCAUUUACCGAAGCAUCCUUGGUUUACCACAGGCAAAUGAAGUCUCGUUCCCAUUCGACUUCAAACGGGUAACGUUUCAACCCCAGGAAACCUCGUUCAAUGACAAUCAGAGAAGUGCAAUCCAGGAAGCACUGAACAAUCACUUGACUCUCAUCUGGGGUCCUCCAGGUACUGGCAAGACAACAGUCAUCGUUGAAAUCAUCCUCCAAUUUCUGUUGCACCGAAAUGAUCUUCGCAUAUUGGUAUCGGCCUCAACUCAUAACGCUGUCGAUAAUGUCCUCAGCCGAUUUGUAUUACAGCGAAAAGCUCGUUUCAACGAUGCAGACAGUAGUGACGUCAUUCGUAUUGCAUCUGAUACCGGCAAGGUUUCGAAACAGAUGGCAAAAUGGACCCUGGACGCAUUCGUCGGUGCGAACAUCUACAAAAACAGCAAGGCCAUGAGGGAAGCAGAGAACCGUUUGGCAAAUGCAUCGAUUGUAUUUUCGACCUGUUCUGCAGCUGGCGUUGGUUUGCUUCGAGGCGGUCAACUUGGUGAUGAUGAGGACACCAAGAAUAAAAAGAAACGCGAGCAACACUUCGACGUGGUGAUUGUGGAUGAAGCCUCACAAAUAACGGAACCGAAUGCAUUGGUUCCGAUUGUAAAGAAUUCCAAGUUUGUUAUUCUCGUCGGUGAUCACAAACAAUUGCGGCCUUCAGUGAGUGAAAUUGCCAAAGAGUGUGGGCUGGAGACCUCACUGUUCGAGAAAUUGUACACAAGCCAAGCGGAAAGUCCACACUGUAAGAAGAUUAUGCUGAACAUGCAAUUUCGAAUGCAUGAAGCACUGGCCAGAUUUCCAUCGGAAACAUUCUACGACGGCAAGCUGCUCACAGGUGUUAAAAGUAUCGACCGAAUCAUUCCAGAGUCCGAAUUUCCGUGGCCUGAAUCCCAAGACGGAAUCAAAUUUCCUGCCGUUUUUGUCGACUGUUUGGAUCUCGAAAAUCAUCAAGUCGGAUCACCGUCGAAGAAGAACGUCGGCCAAUGCCAGAUGACAUACGAGAUAAUCAAAGCGCUUCGUGCAGGUGACGGUGGCAAACAUUUAACCAUAACCGUUCUGUCGCCAUAUACGAUGCAGGUCAGCGAACUUCGUCACAGGCUUGUGGGUGGAAAUGUAAAAGUUGACGUUGAAACCGUUGACUCGUUCCAAGGACGCGAGAGUGACGUCAUCAUUUACAGUACGGUUGUGGCGAAUACAAGCAAUCGGCUGGGAUUUUUGGACGAUGCCAGGCGAAUGAAUGUGGCAAUAACAAGAGCGAGAUUCGGGUUAAUUUUAAUUGGACAUAAACGUACACUGAUAUCGAACAAAUUGUGGAAAUCGUGCAUCGAAGAAUUUUGUGAAGAAGUCAAAUUUCCGAUGAAGGCGUAAGUGAGUCGAACAUCUCAGUUUGUUUUUGUUUUGUUUCUUUUCAUUGAGUCUAUUAUUACCUGUUAACUUUAAUGUUUUAAGCGCUUCUGUCGCAAUUACAUUUUGAAAUAAAUGAGUUAGUCGUAAUUACA